AAUUAUUUUCAGGCUUUCUAAUUUCAUGUUUCCAUUCCUACAUGGGUUUUUGAUAACUUGUUCUUUUAUUAUGUCAGAAAUGGUUCGGGGUCCCACCCCUCUGAGCAGAAUGGUACAGUCCGGUGUCAAAAUGGCGCCCGCGUCAUCUGAAAGAUUUCUCAGUUCGGAACUUUCCCCCCUCCAUUUCUCGGCUCUUUUCCCGCUCAAACACUCAUGGUGAUGGAGACAUCGGAGGCGGUGAGCCGGGAGGGGGGGUUUAAUAUCAGCCGGUUUGUGCCCCCCUCCGGACAGACCGCGCGCGCGGCCGCCUACAGCUACAGCCAGAGUCGCGGCUUCCAGCUCGCGCUGAGGCGGGUCGGUGCCGCGCACCUGCCGCAGGUGAUGUUCGCUGGAGAACCGGACGUCAGGGUCCAGCUGAGGGGGACGCUGUUCGACCAGAACCGCCAGCACUUCUUUGGGAGAACGUGGCAGAGUUCCCUCCAGAAGAUGAACAGCAAGAUCUCCUUCAAUGAGGUCCUGUAUUUCCAUACGUCACUGCUAGUUCCUGGGAUUCUGGUGGUUUUGGAGUUGGUGUCCAUCUCCAGGAAAAGAGACGGCUCCCAUCAGGCAGUGGGGCGGGGUUUCACUGUUCUGGAGCUUUUCUCCAGCAGUCCAGAUUCUCCUCCUGUGUACGGCAAGAAAAGGCUGAAUCUCCAUCAUGGGACACCACGAGGCCUCGUUCACUCACAGCUGAAGGACACCACUGACUACAGUGGUUUCCUGAAGCCCAUUGAUGAAGCCCAUUUGGAGUGUUUUAUAAAGGACCAUCCUUCACUCCUAGAAGUAAUGCAUCUUCUUCCAGAGAACCUCUUUGUCUCUGGGUGGGAAGACAUUCCUGGGCUUAAGCCGUCUCCAACAGGAGAUGCUCUGCUGAGCCCUCAGCUGCUGGAGAUGAUGCCAUUUAGUCUGAACAGGCUGACUGUUUCCCUGCAGCCCUCCCUAGAGACAUCUGAGAGCCUGCUGCUGCAGCUCAUCAAUGCUGACUGCUUCAACAUGAAGCUUCUGGAAGAACGUCCUCCUGAGCAGCAGCAGAGACAACUGGGGCCAGAAGAUGCUCAGAAAAGUGUGGUCAUCCAGGAAAGACGGCUCCAUGUUGGUGUCUACAAUGGGUGGGGUUUCCUGGACAAGCCCCAGGUGGUGCUACUGGAGCUGGUUACAGACGGCAGCACCAAAAGGAGCAGGCCGGUCAAGGACAGCUCGUCUUCAUCCAUGCUCAGCCUCCGCAGCAGUGUGGAGCUCAGCCUGGUUGAUCAUCCCAACACCGCCGUCGUCUUCCAGCUGGAGUACGCCUUCUCUGCUCCAACGGGCAGAGAGUCUGCGUUGUCUGCAACCUCCACCUCCCGGGCGGCCAUCCUGCAGUGUAUUCGCUGGGGGGCUUGGUGCCCAUUUCAGGAGCAGGCUGACUGGACUGGCAGAGAGAUCCAGCUGGUUCUGCGGGGAGGCUCACAGCCAAACCCCUUCAGGGUCUUGGUCUGCGGAUCUGAGGGCUUCACUGCAGCCUCCACUUCAGAUUCUCCUCAGGAGGCCAUGGGGACCAAGGACAUGAUUUCAUUUUGGUUUUCGUCCAACCCGGGGGGGAAGGCAGGCAGCCCAAAGGCAUCUCUGAAGUCAAAGAAAGAGGGUCCAUACCAGAGUUCAUCUUCAUCGCCAUCACUGGGUAGGAAAGAAGCUCCACCCCCUGAGUCACCUCGAGGUCCUGGGCUCUCUCUGUCUCAGCUGGCUGCUCCUUCAGGCUUCCCGACCCUCAGCCACUCCAGCUCGGCGUUGCCGUGGAAACACUCAUUUCCUUCUCCGCUCCAUCUUUCUCCGCUGGCGUCGGCCCACCAGCUGUCACAUGUCGCUGGCUCUACCCUCAGCAACAUUGCUCACUUAGAGAUGGACCUUCAGCCCGGCGCCCCCGAGCCAGCUUCAGUGCAGCACAACGGAGACCAACUUCUGGGGCUCCCCUUCCCCCCUGUCCAUGCACCUGCGCCCCCCUUUGUUCCAAGGUCCGGCUCAGUCUCUGCUCUGGAUCACCUGAUCUCAGUCAGCUUCCCUGAAGUUGUGGACUACUGUGGGCAGAAAGCCGAAGUUCUAGAUCCCAAAGAACCUCUGCUCUUCAAUCCUCAGCGAGAAGAUGCCGACUUUUUACAGGACAACCUGCUGGUCUUCCAGUUUCUGGCGUUCACCAGAACAUCUGCAGCAGAUGCUGAUUCUGGCCACCCGAGCAACAUCUACGUCACCUUCCAGUUCUACCGCUUUCCUCCAGCCGCCUCCCAACAGCUCAGGCUUGUCAGCAGUGAUGGCUCCGAGGGUCUUCCCCAGGUCCUCGCCACUGUCAACAAGGACGGCACUGUUAACGCCGCUUCUCCUGGCCUGCAGCUCCAGUUUAAAGUGGACAAUGGUUUCCUCAGACCUGGCGAGAAGCGGCGCUUCCUUCAUUACCUGGCUUUUCACACCCUGCACUUGGACAUCUGGGAUGGAGACUCUCUGCUCCUUAUAGGUUCCACUGGCAUCCAGCUCAAGGUAAACACAUACCUGCUGCGUCAGGGAAAACCUGCAGUUCAGGCUCUUCAUGAGCUGGAAGUACUGACCACCGAUUAUGCUGGGAAGGACACCCCCCUGCUGAGCACAGAUCCAGGUCACCGUUCUGCCUUCGUCCCUGCAGCUGUUUGUACCGUUGUCAAAGGCCGCCUCUACGUGCGCACGGGCAACAUCGGAAGUGGAACAGAUGAUGGCAGGCAGACUGCAGUGGACCACAGGCCGUCUGCUUCUCACGUCAUCACGCCGUGCAGAGACAACUGCUCCUUCAAAGGAGGACGUCUGGGUCUCCAGCCCAGCGGGAGGAACACGAUGGAACCGGACAGGCUGGACUGCCACGCGGCAUCUGGAGGAGGAGCUGCCUCUGCUGCGCCGGAGGACAGCGAGGCCCGCAGACAGCUGGACUGCACAACGGCGGUGCGGCGACGGGAAGAAGCAGCACAAAUGAAGGAUCUGCCCCAGGAAGUUCCGCCCACUGGAGAGCGUCAUUCAGUCCAACUGAUCGCAGAGCCCCGCAAAGAAGAGCUGAUCUCCGCCAUGCUGAGGGAGAACAUCACCACCCUGCACCUCCUGUACGCCAGCCUGGGAUCUGCAGAGUUCAUGGAGUUUGUCCUGAAAAACCCUUUUGACCUUCCUCAGACUGUCAGCAUUCACAGUGAUGACCCAGAGCUCAGUGUCAUCACAAACGCAGAGGAGUGGCGUUUCUACAAAGAGACAACCCAAACCUCCACGCCUCUGCUGGAAAACCUGUUCCUCAGCGAGGGAGGGGCUGCAGGUCCCAUGAUCUACCUCCGGCCCAAAGAGAGCGUCCACGUCCCUCUGAAAUACCAGACUUUCUCCUGCCAGACUGCCACGGUGCUUCAGGGACCUGGCUUCCUGCCCACCGGGCCAUCUUCUCAGAAGAAUCCGUCCAAGAUUCCUGCAGCCAAAACUGUCCAGGUCACGUUCCAAGCAGAGGACAGCAGACCCGUGGCCAUUCUUCGGGUGCAGGUGGAGCCAACCCCCCACCUGGUGGAUCAGACUUUCCGGCUCUAUCACCCCGAGCUUUGUUUCCUGAAGAAGGCCAUCCGUCUGCCGCUGCAGCCCACGGCUGGAGAACCGGACGGCCGGACAGAUGUUUGUAUUCGCUGCAGUGACCCCGACAUCCUCUGCCAGACCACAACACUGGAGCCGGGGGCGCCUCAGCACGUGUACCUGAAAGUACCGGGGAGCCCCAGUCCAGACAUCAAACUCUUCUUUGUGAUGGUUUUCAUGGACACAUGGAUGGCAGCCCCCUCCCAGUUGUGGCAGAUUUACAUACAUUACCUGGAGCAGGUGGACGUGGGCUGUGUGACCGGCCAGCAACGCUGUCAGUCGGUGGCCCUGCGGGGGGGGCAGGAGGUCCACACUGUCAGGUGUUUCCCCUCUCACCCCAGGGAGGUCCAGGUGGACCCGGCUGGCGUGUUUGUUCUGCCGCCUGGCGCCGUCCAGGAGCUGCGGCUGAAGCUGCAGCCAUGGCAGGCGGGCCGCCGCUUCAUGUAUGUGAAUGCGGUGGAGGCGGAGGAACAUCGGCUGCUCGCCGCCUGGCUGCUCUGUCUCAGCAUCCACCAGCCUGUCCCCUCUAAGGCAUUUGAACUGCGCAUCCCGGUCUGCGGUCUGCGAGGCAGCUCCAGGAGAUUCAGCUACACAAACCCGUACAACAGCCGUCGAACGUUCCAGCUGCACAGCAACCAUCCAGACCUGCUGCAGUUCAGAGAAGACCGCUUUGAGAUUGACGGUGGAGAGAGUUACGCCAUCGGACUACGCUUCGCUCCCACACAGACUCCAGGUUCUGCAGAGAUCCUGAUCUACAUCAACAAUCUGGACGAGACAACCGAGGAGACGUUCUGCCUGAAAGUCAACUAUUCCUGAGAGCCAACACCCAUAAAGUUACAUUCAAGAAAAGUCAUACUUUUUGUUCUAAUUUAGGUUAGAGGAGAAAGUUUGCCCAAAGUAAACAGACGAAGGAGAACCAGGAGCUCCUAAAUUUUUUUUUUUUUUUUUUUUUUUUGGUGGUUCUGGUCUGGUUCCUGCUCUGCAGCUCGGGUCCAAAGCAGGUCCAUGCAGCCUGAUGGGGAGAGCUGCAGCAUCUCACCAAAAAAGCCACUUGAACCGCAUCUGUAGAUGGAGCUUAAUCUAAGACGAGUCAAGAGGCUGUCGGCCGCAUCUCCCCAUUUCCAAACAGCGCCAUAAUGAGGUUGGAGUCCUCCGUGAGGCGCACAUCUCCCUGCGCUGGCCUCAUUAACACCAGCACCCUUUAAACACCCCCCUCUCUACUGUGUCUUCCCUCUCUGAAGCUGGCAGAGGCAGACAGCGCGGCGUGCAUAUUGUGUUAUAUAACAGCGUUACACAAUCCCUACACCCCCGCGCCCCCAUCACGCCUCCUUCCUCUCAUUAGGAUGCGGCUGCAGAUCAGCCUCGAGAACAACAGUUUAUCUUCUGAGACCUGAAACUGCAUGAAGGUCCGUCACACGUCGGGACUGUGGUGAACUGAAGCUCCGCCUACUUUGGACGUCUGACUGAACCGCUGAGUUUGUAAAACAGUUCAGUGGCUGUUGUGGUUCCUACUGAUUUAUUCACACAGGGAGAAAUGGUUUCAUUUUCUAUCGAUACUGAUGAUGAUUUGUUGUCUUUUUUUAGACUAGUUUCACAAUAAAGCCGAUUACCACUGA